UACCAGGAGCCCCAGGGCUGUAUAAAGCUAUCCAAACCCCUGCAGUAGAUCAUCCUUCUUUCCUUUUGAUCCUCAUCUCAUCCUUCCUUUUCAAGGGGGUGAUGGUCGCUCCUCUCUGUCCUUAAAACAUCAAAAGUUCUUCUUUUCGUGCACAUACUUCCACUACCCCGGCUGGGGAUCUCUCAAUUCAAUCUCGCCAACGACUCUCUAGAGAAUGGGCCAGAGGCAUAACCGACGCCGCACUCGUGCUCGUUCCAGCAAGCGAAGAAACAGUUUCGAUCAAGACCCGCCUGCAUUGCCCAAUUUCGAUUCGCCAGGCUCUCCGUUGGCUCUCCCAUCAACAAUCUGGAGUCCUCAUACUCCCGUGCCUCCACCAGCAGCCCUCCACCACACUCCUUCCGCUGCAUGCAUUUCACCUGGAUCGCCGGUCUCAGCAGCCCCUGCCCCGACCUGGCAUUAUGGGUUUACGGCCUGGCCGAUCCGUGAUUAUGUACCGCAACGGCGGGAAGCAAGCAUCGGUCUCGAGGCACGACAGUGUCGAUUGUUCGGCGGAGAGCCGGGUGAUGAUCUAAGCCUUUGUUAUCGCAUGCUGGAGUAUUUCGAUGGUCUCGAUUAUAUCGACCCAUCACGAGACAGCACUCUAGGAGAUUGAAUGCUCUUUCCCGCCGGAAUCACCACAAAACUAUCAAAAAACCCAUACUUUUUUCUUUCUGCCGAUUGCGAUGAUUUAUGAUCUUCAUGCAACAUCCAAGAAAAAAAACCCUCUGUUCGAUUUGGCCUAGGUUUCGCGUUGAGCGUUCCUUGCCCACUGCAGCGCGCCCUCAGCCAUAGUCCUGACUUGACGCAACGAGCAUGACCAGAACACCAGAUCACAUGGACUCCCCGGGUCCCCGACUCGAAGCAAUGAAGACACUCCGCUAUCAGGAGUGUUGGAUUGGUCCCUUUCGACCCGGCCAUGUGGAUCCUGGUCCGCGAUCACGCGAAUCCGAGAUGAGAAUGAGUCACGAGCAGACUUUCUCGCGGGCUCCGCAUCGGUCGAGUUCGUGUCCGAUCUUUGGGGAUUGUUGACGCUUGAACUCCCUUUGUGGAUGCUAGCGAGGGAGUCAUGGUAGUGGCUUGACCCUCUCCACGCAGAUCCGUUCUGUUGAAAUGCGAGGUGGCUGUCUAUCGGGCUGCCGCAUACAGUGAAACAUGAAUUCGACGGAGCAUAUUAUCGAUUCUCUAUGAUCUAUAGGUUGGAAUACAUUUGCAUAGCCUGUAUAUACUCAGUCGUUAAAUGCAAGCACCCUACAUCAUAGAAAAGGGUCUAUCAUUUUCAAAACA